GCCCCGGUUGUCAAACAUGGCUGAAGCGCCGCCGCUGCCGCUACGGCCGCUUCAGGGAAAAUGCUGAGUCCUCUCGGGCUGGGUGGGCGGCGGCGGCGAGGGCGGCGACGGGGGCCCGCUUCCCGGGCGCGGGGGCGGCGACCAUGGCCCGGCUGGCCGACUAUUUCAUUGUGGUAGGUUACGACCACGAGAAGCCAGGGUCAGGAGAAGGUUUGGGGAAAAUAAUCCAGAGAUUUCCACAGAAGGACUGGGAUGAUACACCUUUUCCACAAGGUAUUGAGUUGUUUUGUCAGCCCGCGGGGUGGCAGCUAUCCAGAGAGAGGAAGCAGCCGACGUUCUUUGUGGUAGUACUAACGGAUAUUGACUCGGAUCGACAUUAUUGUUCAUGCCUAACCUUCUACGAGGCGGAGAUUAAUCUUCAGGGAACAAAGAAGGAAGAGAUUGAAGGUGAAGAGGAAGUGUCUGGUUUAAUUCAACCUGCAGAAGUGUUUGCUCCCAAAAGCCUGGUGUUGGUAUCCAGAUUAGAUUAUCCAGAAGUAUUUAGGGCUUGCCUAGGUCUGAUCUAUACUGUGUAUGUGGACAGUCUGAAUGUCUCCUUGGAAAGCCUCAUUGCAAACCUUUGUGCCUGCCUUGUCCCAGCAGCUGGAGGGUCUCAGAAGCUGUUUUCCUUGGGUGCAGGAGACAGACAGCUGAUUCAGACUCCUUUGCAUGAUAGUCUUCCUGUCACAGGCACUAGUGUGGCUCUUCUGUUCCAGCAGUUGGGAAUUCAAAAUGUCCUCAGCCUGUUUUGUGCAGUUCUCACAGAAAAUAAGGUUCUCUUCCAUUCUGCAAGUUUCCAGAGACUUAGUGAUGCCUGUAGAGCCCUGGAAUCUUUAAUGUUUCCUCUAAAAUAUAGCUAUCCUUAUAUUCCCAUUCUUCCAGCUCAGCUACUAGAAGUUCUAAGUUCUCCAACACCUUUCAUUAUUGGAGUACAUUCUGUCUUUAAAACUGAUGUCCACGAACUUUUAGAUGUAAUCAUAGCAGAUUUGGAUGGAGGCACUAUUAAAAUUCCUGAAUGUAUUCACCUGUCUUCCCUCCCAGAACCACUUCUACGUCAGACUCAAGCAGCUCUUUCUUUGAUUUUACACCCCGAUUUGGAAGUGGCAGAUCAUGCUUUCCCUCCUCCACGAACAGCUUUGUCCCACUCAAAAAUGCUGGAUAAAGAAGUCCGAGCAGUUUUCCUUAGAUUGUUUGCACAACUUUUCCAAGGGUAUAGAUCAUGCCUACAACUUAUAAGAAUUCAUGCAGAGCCAGUAAUACAUUUUCACAAAACAGCUUUCUUGGGGCAGCGUGGUUUGAUUGAAAAUGAUUUCCUCACUAAAGUACUCAAUGGAAUGGCAUUUGCAGGUUUUGUUUCAGAAAGAGGUCCUCCCUAUAGAACCUGUGAUCUCUUUGAUGAGUUGGUAGCUUUUGAAGUAGAAAGAAUUAAAGUUGAAGAAAAUAACCCAUUGAAGAUGAUAAAGCACAUCAGAGAACUUGCUGAGCAACUAUUCAAAAAUGAGAAUCCAAACCCACAUAUGGCAUUUCAGAAAGUUCCACGCCCAACAGAAGGAUCGCACUUGCGUGUUCACAUUCUCCCUUUUCCAAAGAUUAAUGAAGCUCUGGUUCAGGAAUUAAUACAGGAAAAUUUUGCCAAGAAUCAGAAUGCACCUCCUGCUACGCGGAUGGAGAAGAAAUGUAUUGUGCCAGCAGGUCCACCUGUUGUUUCAAUAAUGGAUAAAGUGACAACAGUUUUCAACAGUGCACAGAGACUGGAAGUUGUCAGGAACUGUAUCUCAUUCAUAUUUGAUAAGAAAACUUUGGAGACUGAAAAGACCCUUCCUGCUGCAUUGAGGGCUCUUAAAGGAAAGGCAGCAAGACAGUGUCUCACAGAUGAACUGGGUUUACACGUCCAGCAAAACCGGGCGAUAUUGGACCAUCAACAAUUUGAUUACAUAAUAAGGAUGAUGAAUUGUACUCUACAGGAUUGUUCAAGUUUGGAAGAAUAUAACAUUGCUGCAGCAUUACUCCCUUUGACCAGUGCUUUCUAUAGGAAACUUGCUCCUGGAGUCAACCAGUUUGCUUACACCUGCGUACAGGAUCAUCCCAUUUGGACAAAUCAGCAGUUUUGGGAAACAACUUUUUACAGUGCAGUGCAAGAACAAGUCCGCUCCUUGUAUCUUUCAACAAAAGAAGACAAUCAUGCUCCAUAUCUAAAACACAAGGAUAAGCUUUCUGAUGACCAGUAUCAAGAGAAGACCGCCAUGGACCUGGCGGCUGAGCAGCUUCGCCUUUGGCCCACUCUGAACAAAUCAACUCAGCAAGAAUUGGUGCAACAUGAAGAAAGCACUGUCUUCAGUCAGGCCAUUCACUUUGCAAAUCUUAUGGUCAACUUACUGGUUCCACUAGACACAAGUAAAAACAAGCUCCUGAGAGCGUCAGCACCAGGUGACUGGGAGAGUGGAAGCAACAGCAUUGUCACAAACAGUAUCGCAGGAAGUGUAGCUGAGAGCUAUGAUACAGAGAGUGGGUUUGAAGAUUCAGAGAAUAAUGACAUUGCCAAUUCUGUUGUGAGGUUCAUUACCCGAUUUAUUGACAAGGUUUGUACAGAAAGUAGUGUUACUCAAGAUCACAUCAAGAGCCUUCAUUGUAUGAUACCAGGAAUUGUAGCUAUGCACAUUGAGACUCUAGAGGCAGUGCAUCGUGAGAGUAGAAGACUUCCACCUAUACAGAAGCCCAAGAUUCUGAGACCUGCUCUACUGCCAGGAGAAGAAAUUAUAUGUGAAGGUCUUCGAGUGCUGCUAGAUCCUGAUGGCAGAGAAGAAGCCACUGGAGGUCUUGGAGGCCCUCAGCUCCUUCCAGCAGAAGGAGCUUUGUUCCUCACCACAUACAGAAUUCUCUUCAGAGGGACACCUCAUGACCAGCUAGUUGGUGAACAGACAGUUGUGCGGAGCUUCCCUGUUGCCUCCAUCACCAAAGAGAAGAAGAUCACAAUGCAAAACCAGCUACAGCAGAACAUGCAAGAAGGAUUGCAGAUUACAUCAGCAUCUUUUCAGUUGAUUAAAGUAGCAUUUGAUGAAGAAGUCAGUCCUGAAGCAGUAGAGAUCUUUAAGAAGCAGCUAAUGAAGUUCCGUUAUCCUCAGUCCAUUUUCAGCACCUUUGCUUUUGCUGCAGGACAAACUGCCCCACAAAUAAUUCUACCCAAACAAAAGGAAAAAAACACUUCUUUUCGCACCUUCUCGAAAACAAUCGUGAAAGGUGCCAAAAGAGCAGGGAAAAUGACAAUUGGGCGACAAUAUUUGUUGAAGAGGAGGACAGGAACAAUUAUGGAAGAGAGAGUAAAUCGUCCUGGAUGGAAUGAAGAUGAUGACAUAUCUGCUCUCUCCAUCAUUACAGUUUCAGAUGAUAGUGAACUCCCCACAAGUACACUGAAGGCCUCAGAGAAGUCUACAAUGGAACAGUUGGUGGAAAAAGCUUGUUUCAGAGACUAUCAGCGAUUAGGUUUGGGAACCAUAAGUGGCACCUCAUCCCGUUCGAAACCAGAAUGUUUCCGAAUCACUGCUUCCAACAGGAUGUAUUCUCUGUGCCGGAGCUAUCCUGGCCUUUUAGUCAUACCUCAAGCUGUACAGGACAGUAGUUUACCAAGAGUAGCCCGCUGCUAUCGACACAAUCGCUUGCCUGUUGUAUGUUGGAAGAACUCAAGAAGUGGUACUUUGCUCCUUCGAUCUGGAGGAUUCCAUGGGAAGGGCGUUGUUGGUCUUUUCAAAUCUCAGAACUCCCCUCAGGCAGCUCCUACCUCCUCUUUAGAAUCCUCCAGUAGCAUAGAACAAGAAAAGUACUUGCAAGCCUUACUGAACGCAGUUUCUGUCCAUCAAAAACUCAGAAGCAACAACACCCUUACUGUCAGGCCAGCACUUGCUCUGUCUCCAGGGACUGAAAGGAGGACUUCAAGAAUGUCCACUGUGCUUAAGCAGGUAGUGCCAGGACAUUUGGAUGUAAACCCAUCCAAUAGCUUUGCUCGAGGAGGUGUAUGGGCAAGUCUUCGCUCCAGCACUCGCUUAAUCAGCUCUCCAACAUCUUUCAUUGAUGUUGGCGCCCGGCUUGCAGGCAAGGACCACUCAGCCUCCUUUGGUAAUAGCACCUACCUACAAAACCAGCUCUUGAAGCGCCAAGCAGUCCUUUAUGUAUUUGGUGAAAAGUCCCAACUAAGGAGUUUCAAGAUAGAAUUUGCUUUAAAUUGUGAGUUUGUUCCUGUUGAAUUUCAUGAAAUCCGACAAGUGAAAGCCAGUUUUAAAAAGCUGAUGAGGGCUUGUAUCCCAAGCACCAUCCCUACUGACUCAGAAGUGACCUUCCUGAAGGCCCUCGGGGACUCUGAGUGGUUCCCACAGCUUCAUAGGAUAAUGCAGCUGGCUGUCGUGGUAGCAGAAGUCCUUGAGAAUGGUUCCUCAGUCUUGGUCUGUUUGGAAGAAGGCUGGGAUAUCACUGCACAAGUGACCUCUUUAGUUCAAUUACUCAGCGAUCCCUUUUAUAGGACACUUGAAGGCUUCCGAAUGUUGGUUGAAAAAGAAUGGCUCUCUUUUGGUCACAAAUUCAGUCAGCGGAGUAGCUUGACCUUCAACUCUCAGGGUAGUGGUUUUGCUCCAGUCUUCUUACAAUUCUUAGACUGUGUACACCAGAUUCAUAACCAGUAUCCUGCAGAAUUUGAAUUCAAUCUUUAUUACUUAAAGUUCUUGGCCUUCCAUUAUGUAUCCAAUCGCUUUAAAACUUUUCUCCUGGAUUCAGACUAUGAAAGACUAGAGCAUGGAACUUUAUUUGAGGAUAAAGGAGACAAGCAUGCCAAGAAAGGAAUUUGUAUCUGGGAGUGUAUUGAUAAAAUGCAUAAGAGGAGUCCCAUUUUCUUUAAUUAUUUAUAUUCACCAACGGAAAUAGAGGCCUUGAAGCCCAGUGUAAAUAUCUCCAGCCUCAAGAAGUGGGAUUAUUACGUACAGGAGACCCUGUCUUCAGGGCCUUCUUAUGACUGGAUGAUGCUGGCUCCAAAGCACUUGCCUUCUGAAGAGUCUAAUCUAGCUGGAGGAGCUGGGCCCCACAGCAGGAGAAAGACGGUGUGGCCAUGCUAUGAUGAUGUCAACUGUACUCAGCCCGAUGCUCUCACCAACCUUUUCAGUGAAAUUGAAAAAUUGGAGCAUAAAUUGAACCAAACUCCUGAGAAAUGGCAGCAGCUGUGGGAAAAGGUAACCAUGGACCUUAAGGAAGAGCCAAGAGCAGACCAUUUCCAGAGGCAUCCCUUAGGAUCCCCAGGAAUUGUGUCUGCCAACCUACCUUCCUAUCAGAAGAGACCCGCACUGCACCUGCCAGACACCAGCAUGAAUGAGGAACAGAACACCACCGUCUCACCAUCCAACGGAGUGGAGCGCAGGGCAGCCACACUCUACAGCCUGUACACAUCCAAGAAUGAUGAGAACAGGUCCUUUGAGGGAACACUUUACAAAAGAGGGGCUCUGCUGAAAGGCUGGAAACCCCGUUGGUUUGUUUUGGAUGUAACAAAACAUCAGCUGCGAUAUUAUGACUCGGGUGAAGACACAAGCUGCAAAGGCCACAUUGAUCUGGCUGAAGUAGAAAUGGUCAUCCCUGCUGGCCCAAGCAUGGGUGCCCCAAAGCACACAAGUGACAAGGCUUUCUUUGAUCUCAAGACCAGCAAACGUGUGUAUAACUUCUGUGCCCAAGAUGGGCAGAGUGCUCAGCAAUGGAUGGACAGGAUCCAGAACUGUAUCUCUGAUGCCUGACACCAUGUAUAACUCAAGCAGAAGAGGCAUUGGAACUCAUAUUGCCCGACAGAAAAAGAGUAUGGAACCUUGUGGAACAGACAACAAAUCAUCACAAGGCCUAAGAAUCUUUUGCUUAUUUACCCAGUCCCCUCUUGCAGCGGUUGCUACAUCUCCUUAACCUGGCGGGGAGGGUACUGGUCAGAGCCCCAGCCCUUCCCAUAUCUUGCACUGAAUUAUUCUAAUGGGAUCUUAGGUUGGGGAUCUGAAGAAUGCUCCUGAACCUGUGUCAUCCAUCCCCUAGCCAAAAUGGCCCCCAGCUGCUUCCAUGCUCCGACAUGAAGGUCCAGUUUGUUCUCCAAGGUCAUAAUGUCCUUGGGGAGCUUUUUAGAAAGCAAAAAUCAGAAGCCUCCAAAGAUCUUCUUACAUCCUACACAGAAUGGGUUUCCCAUCAGAGGAGCCUGCUCUGACCUUUGGGAUGCUCAGUUCUCUGGUGCUGCCAAAAAGUGCUUCCUUGGCCCCUACUCUGCCGUUCACAACAAGAAAUAUCACCGCAUGGUAGCAAGUAAAGAGGGAAUGCACAAGAUUAUUCUGGUGGAGAAAGCUUACCCAGGGAAUGAUGCAACAACCAGGCCAAAGCAGGAGCACACUGCUUCCAAACCCUGAUUCCUCUAAACCAGGGGUGCUCAAGGACACAGGCCCUUCUGUUCCUGGGUGUUCUUCUGUGCCCUGAAAGCUUGUUACACAAAAUAACUUGCAAAAAGCAUUAACCUACACAACACUUGCACUGAACUGCUAAUUAAGUAAAGAUGUUAGAAAAACUGAAGCCAGCUACUUCUGACCACACACCUUUGACUAGGUCUCACUGUGGCAUGGCUGAGUACCCAAAUAACACUGCGACACAUGAGAAGUAAAAACUGCUCUUAGAUUCUCCUUCCUUUUGAUAACCUUGUGUUUGUUUAGCCUAAGACUUGAGGACGCUCUUCACCCACGAAGAACAGAAAAGCCUGUCUGCCACAGUUGCUGGCAACAGCCAGGGCCCUAGAUGGCUAGAUUGUUGUGUUCAUUUUGAGAUGUUAAUAUGUCAAAUACCAAACUAAUAUUUCAAAAAUAUGUAUAUAUGAUUUCUAUAUCCUUGUUUUUCAGAUAACCUGCUUAUAAUUUAAUAUAAAGUUAAACUGAUCGAGUCAUAAGAGUUCAGUAAUGAAAGUUCCCUUUUUAAAAAUAUAAACUACUUUGUAGAUUAAAAAUAAGCCAGAUUUUAAAUUUAUCUACACAUUAGGGAAUAGAAUUGUGUUAAUAUAUAAGAAAUUGGGGAAUAACAAAAAUCAAGGGCUUUUUCUAUCAUAUUCAUUUUAUAAAUUUGUCACUUGUGAAAAUGGUUUUUGCACAUUAUUUGUAUUUUUCUUUGUAUAUGAAAAUUUUUUGUACUUUGUAAAAUAUGGAGCCCACUGUACUUUCAGCUAUUGGAGACUAUACACAGUGCUUCUUUUGUAACUGGAUUCUUUUAACUUUCAAGAAGGCAUUACCUACCUGCCUUACAUUCACUAACCACCUUGAAUUAAAUUUCUUAAGAAAAUCCA